AGUAUGUGCAGCAGUUGUCACAUUUAGUAUCUGUUACUCUUUACAGAACUAUUGACCCCUGUCACGUACCAGUAUCAUCGGUUCAGUGGAAACCACUAAGUUUAAGUAAGAAAUGAGACAGAUGUGAAUUUACACAGCCACGCCUCUCCCCUCCCUCAAAGCACAGCAGGGAAAUUCCAUGUCUGAUUCCUUUCCUUUAGGACUAUCAAUGGCAGGAUACCAGCUCUGGUCACCAUGGACCCCACUGGAUGAGAGCUUCCAAUGGCUUCGGCACACAACACCUACCCCUUGCUCCAAACACCCUUUUAGGGCCUCUCCUUGCUUCCCACACACCCCUUCUGACCUUGAAGUGCAGUUGUGCUUUCAAGAAGUCACUCUUGUCCUAGACAGCCCACUUGUGGCACCUGGAGAGAGCCCCAAGUUACCCUGUCACACAUCAGAGCUCCGAGCAGUGAAUAACAAGAAAGGACUGGUGAGGAAGCCCCAGCCAGUCCGCCUCAAUGGAGUAGAUUCUGUUUUCGGUAGGGUCAUCACAGCCCAGCCACCCAAGUGGACUGGAACCUUCAGAGUCUCAGACAAGUCAGCCUUCUGCAAAAUUAUCAGCAGGGAACACCAGUGGCCCACUGGACUCAAGGAGCCUCAGAUUCAGAUGACAGUGACUAUGUGCAAACAGAUGCUACGCUCCAUUCUCCUGCUGUAUGCGACAUACAAGAAGUGCACCUUUGCCUUGCAGCACUCCAAGUAAAGGGUCCCCAUCAGGCCCCGGUGCUCCAUACCAUGCUCUCUGGUAUGUACCCAAAGCUUACGAAGACCUGUCUACAUGAACUGUAACACCACGCCAGAUAUUUUGCCUUUCAGUCACACUGUGACAAGCUCCCAUCCUCCCUUUCUCUUCAGAAACAGGACCAACCAAUGACACUGAGCAAGGAAGAACAUUUCCACUACAAAGCUGAAUGGCCAUUCAAAAGUCAGCCUAACGACACACAUGUGACAGUGAUUAAACUAUCAUAUAGACAAGCCAGCCUAGUGUGAACACACUCAAAUGCCAAUGCCAGUGAUGAGCUGGCAAAGAAAAGGGAUGUGAAGAAAAGACAUAUAUGGUUGGAUGUCUGGGUACCAGAGGAUGAAGGGGUCAGAAAUCUGUAUGUGGGUUAAGGACUAAUUUUAAAAAAAAGCUUUUCCUCUUCAAACAAAUGUCAACAACAAAACAUAACUUUAAUACCAAUAUGAGUAACAAUAUAACAAAUAUUAAACAAUCUUAAUAGCAUGGCAAGGAAGAGCUUGACAGCAGCUUUGAGACUGGGCUUUCUGGCGGAAGACAGGAGAAUCCCCUAUUUUAGCUCCAGAUGUUCUAUUUCUAAUAAACUAUAAUUAUUUUGUAUGAUUCUUACAACUAGAUUCUAGGCAUAAUUCAGAAUAAUGUGGAAAUAAAUACUAUAUAUAAUACAGUGUCAGCAGAUGUUUGAUGAUGUCUUUUCUUCCUUUGUUUUAUACUAAUAACCAAAAAAAUUUAAAAGCAAGUUGAUGAAGUGGCUAAGCAGGUAAAAGUCUGGAAUUUUGAUCCCUGGAACCCAUAUGGUGGAAAGAGAGAACCUACUUCCACCAUUUUUCCUUUGAUCUCCACAUGUGCACCACAGCACAUACG